AUGGGAAACCUUAUCUUUCAUUUCUGCUUCAUCUUCUUCAUGGCUUACCCAGGUUUUUGUCAGUCCAAUUUUUCUAAUUCCGAUGAAGUGGCUCUUCUUGCUUUCAAAUCUUCUGCCAGGGAUCCUUACAAUCACUUGCAAAACUGGUCCAAUUCGUCUUCCAUAUGCAAUUGGUCUGGAGUUACAUGUGAUUCUAAGCAUGAGAGAGUAAGAGUAUUGAGCCUUGAAAAGAUGGGUCUCAAGGGAACCUUGCCCUCACAGAUUGGCAAUUUGUCGUUCUUAGUGAAACUUGACCUCAGCAGCAACAACUUGUAUGGUAAGUUGCCAGAAGAGUUGCUUCACUUGCAGAGGUUAGAAACUCUCAACCUGAGCUAUAAUGCUUUCAGUGGAGAAAUCCCAAGUUCGAUAGGAAGCUUAUUUAUGCUUCAACACUUGAUUCUUGGCAAUAAUAACUUUGGAGGCAUCAUUCCUGCAAGUAUAUCCAAUUUGUCUACGUUGGAGACCUUGGAUUUGAAUUCUAACUCUCUCCAAGGAUCUAUUCCGUUUGAUAUUGGAAGACUUCAACGUCUCAAAAUUUUACGCCUUUCUGUAAACAAGCUUUCAGGAAUUAUGCCUCCAUCUAUUUCUAACAUUUCCUCACUUGAGCGGCUCAUUUUGUCUCUCAACCUCUUACAAGGAUAUAUUCCCAUAGAAAUGAAUAAGCUUACAAAGCUGAAAAUUAUAUACUUGGGAGGUAAUAAGUUGAGUGGCCAAAUACCAAGAAGUAUUGGGAACUUGAUCAUGCUUCAAGAGUUAUCUCUUUCAAACAAUAACUUACAAGGAGACAUUCCCAACGAAAUUAGCAAUCUUACAAAUGCGAAGAAUAUAUACCUGGAAACCAAUCAAUUGUCUGGUCACAUACCAAAAAGCAUUGGAAAAUUGACAACGCUUCAAGAGUUAUCUCUUGCCAACAACAACUUUGAAGGAAUUAUUCCCAAUGAAAUUAGAAGCCUUACAAAUCUGAAAAUAAUGGACAUAUCAGCUAAUCAACUAUUUGGCCACAUACCAAGAGGCAUUGAAAACUUGACUAUGCUUCAAAAUUUGAACCUUGAAAACAAUAAUUUAGAAGGCUCAAUACCUUUGGAAAUAGGCAAUCUUCAACAACUUGAGACAUUAUUGUUGUCUCAAAACAAAUUGACCGAAUAUAUUCCAUCCGAAGUUUUCAACAUCUCAACUUUAGAAUUCUUGUCUCUCUCAAACAAUUCUCUAUCAGGAAGUCUUCCAUCAGAUCUUGGAUAUGGCCUUCCUCAUCUACAAGAGUUGUAUUUAUGGGGAAACAAACUUUCUGGAAGAAUCCCGAGUACUAUAUCCAAUGCUUCUAAGUUAACCAUUCUAGAAUUGGAGCAAAAUAAUUUUGAAGGGGUUUUACCAAGCACACUUGGACAUUUAAGAUACUUAGAAACCCUUUCGGUGCAUGGGAACAAUUUCACCAUAAUGGAUGAUUUAAAUUCUGAAACUGGCUUUUUUAGCUCGUUGUCAAAAUGUAGACAUUUGAAAACUCUGAUUCUCUCAGAGAACCCAUUGCGUAUGAAACUUCCCAACUCCAUCGGAAACUUAUCUGAUUCUUUACAGAUGCUGAUGAUCGACUUCUGCGGGGUUUAUGGCAACAUACCAUCAGAAAUUGGAAAUCUGUCUAACUUGUUUGAGAUAUCUUUUGCUGGAAAUGUUUUAAAUGGAUCAAUUCCAGCAACAAUUAGCAACUUACAGGCUCUUCAGCAUUUGAAUCUUGUGGGCAAUGAGCUAGAUGGUUUCAUUGUAGAUGAGCUUUGUGACAUUAGAACACUUGCAUAUUUAUAUCUAUCUCGAAACAAGCUUUCUGGAGCAAUACCCCCUUGCUUAGGAAACCUUAUGUCCCUACGAAGACUUUACUUGGGCGGCAAUAAGUUGAUUUCUGAUAUACCUUCUUCCUUUUGGAACUUGACGGGUAUAUUGGAAGUAAACCUAUCUUCCAAUAUGUUAGUUGGAAAUCUUUCAUUCAAGAUUGGGAACAUGAAAGCUCUUAUUCGAUUAGACUUGUCAAGAAAUCAUAUUUCAGGCACCAUUCCAUCAACCAUAGGCAGCUUACCAAAUUUGCAAAAUGUCUCCUUAGCAGAUAACAUAUUGCAAGGGACGAUUCCGGAAUCACUUGGGAAUUUGCUGAGCUUAGUAAAGCUAGACCUUUCCCAAAAUAAUUUGUCUGGUGAGAUUCCUAAAUCACUAGAGUCACUUACAUCCCUUAAAUAUGUUAAUCUCUCUGAUAACAGACUGCAAGGUGAGAUUCCUAGUGGUGGGGUCUUCAAAGAUUUGACGGCUGAAUCUUUCAUGAUGAAUAAAGCACUUUGUGGUGAGCCGAAAAUGCAAGUGCCUCCAUGCAGAAAAGAACAAAGAAAGAGGUCAAAGGCAAAAUGGAUUUUGUUGAAAUACAUACUACCUAUGGUUUUGUCAGCAAUUUUAGUUCUUUCAGGCAUUAUCCUGUUUCGUCGUAAACGAAGGAAUUCUAGGCAUACCAUAGUGAAACAAGAUUUAUCAACUUUAGGAAUGCCAAGAAGGAUUUCGUAUUUUGAAAUAUUGGAUGCAACCAACAAAUUUGAUGAGAGUAACUUACUGGGAAGUGGAAGUUUUGGUUCUGUAUUCAAAGGAAGGCUUUCAAAUGGAAUAAUGGUUGCUUUUAAAAUAUUUAAUUCUGAUUCAGAAGCUAUGUCAAAGAGCUUUGAAGUGGAAUGUGACACAAUGCGUAAUGUGCGUCACCGCAAUUUGGUGAAGAUCAUUAGUAGUUGUUCCAGUGAUGACUUCAAGUGUUUGAUAAUGGAGUUCAUUCCCAAUGGAAGUCUUGAAAAAUGGUUAUAUUCUCAUAACUACUGUUUGGAUUUUUUGCGAAGGUUAAAUAUAAUGAUAAAUAUUGCAUCUGCUUUGGAGUAUCUCCAUCAUGGCUUGCCAACACAAAUAGUUCACUGUGAUCUGAAGCCAAGUAACAUUUUGUUAGAUGACAACAUGGUUGCUCAUGUGAGUGACUUUGGAAUUGCAAAAUUUUUAGAUAAAGGGAAAUCUAGGACACUCACAGAAACAAUACCUACAAUUGGUUAUGUAGCACCAGAAUAUGGAUCUCUUGGAAUAGUUUCAGCAAAAGUUGAUGUGUACAGUUUUGGAAUAAUACUGAUAGAAGUAUUCACAAGAAAAAGGCCAACAGAAGAUAUGUUUGUGGAUGGACUGAACUUAAAUAGUUGGGUAAGUGAAUCAAUGUCACAUUCACUAACUCAAGUGAUAGAUUGCAAUUUAUUAAAAGGAGAUCAUGGUGAACAAUAUAUGGCUAACAUUUUGACAUCUACAUCCUCUAUUCUUCAAUUGGCCUUGAAUUGUUGUGCCAAUUUUUCACAAAGGCGUUGCAAUAUGUCAGAGGUUGUGGUAUCAUUAAACAAGAUCAAGGACAUGUUUGUUCAAUCACGUCAUUUAAAGAAAUAUUGAAGCUAUUUGCAGCUAAUUUGCAUUAUUGUCUAUCUCUCAUAUUUAGAAAUUGGAUGCAAUACGUAGUGAGAAAUUAAUGGGGACACACUGUUGAAAAAUAUAUGAGCUGUAAAUUUAAUUUAUUGUUUUUUUGUAUGAGCUGUAAUAUAUGGAUUAUGAACGUUUUGAUUAAUGACAAGUAGGAGUCCAUAUUUUUAAGUUUUUAAAGAA